AUGGGAUCCCACGAUACCCACAUUCAACGGGCAGCUGCCUUGGCCCAAAAGCUCUUCUUCCAAUUCGGAGAAAUGAACUUCGUAUUUCAGCCCACGGUUAUUGAGGAAAAAGACGGAGAGCUGCUCAUCCACGUCCACCUGCCUCCAGAAGGCAAGUAUACAAAGUUUAAACCGGAUGUAGUGAUGACUGAACAACAAAAGUCAAUGGUAGUAAGCCAUCUGGCUUGCUCAAGUGCAGCAAUCUAUUUCAGGGACUUGCUCACGAAGUUCUUGAAAGGUACAAAUACCAGCGUUGGCGUUACAACUCUCUCGCUUACUCCCACCGGAACCAUUACACAAUAUGCUGAUCCAAAGAUGAAUGAUUUGCAUGGACGCUGCCACAAUCAUACAUUGUUCAAAAUCUUUGAGGAAAACGAACCAGACGAACCAGAUAACCCAGACAGACCGGCAAUGUGGUUCAUCGAUCUGAGCGGUCCACAGUUUAGCAUCUUCAACCCAUGUCUAAAGCCAGAUAUUUAUCGUACGACGUACAAGACGUCGAAGCCGGUCGAUAGCACUUCUGAUCUAAAAGCCGGGGCUCAAAAGCUUGUUCCAGCUCUUGAGUUCGGAAUGACUAAGCGCAUUGUUGAAGAUAUAGAAAAUGCGAUUGAGGAAUGGGAACGUACGAAGGAGGUCGGAAUUGCGGAAUUGCUUGCUAAUGGAAAAUAUGAGCUCUUCGAGACAGAUUUGCUAGGCUUUGUGGAAGAGAAGAUGAAGGAGCUAAGGGAGGAAGUUGAUUGGACAGCGCGAUUCAAGGAACGAGAUAGACUCAAGGCUGAAGGGCGUGGUAGUUAG